UUCAACCUAUCACAGCUGCCCGACUCAAACCUCUUUCCCCAACGCCCAAAAAUCCGACCUUUUCCUCCCUUCCUUCCUUCCCCAAACCAAACCCCUCCUCUUUUGCCAUCACAAAAGGUGGGGAGGAUCGCAAAUACUAGUAGUCAAUUAUCUCAAGAAGCAGAGCCUUCCAAGAAAUCCGCCAUGCUCCCGCAGGACCGCCUCCUCCUCCUGCUCGCCGUCGUCGCCGCUGCCGCCGCGGCGGGUGCCUCCGCGAAGCCGACGGCGUACGAGGCGCUGGCGGAGUUCGACUUCCCCCCGGGCAUCCUCCCCAAGGGCGUCGUCGCCUACACCCUCGACAACUCCACCGGCGCCUUCACCGCCACCCUCGGCGCCUCCGCCUCCGGCACCGGCUCCUCCACCUGCGAGUUCUCCAUCCAGGGCUCCUACUCGCUCCGCUACCAGACCAAGAUCACGGGCAAAAUCGCCCCCGACCACCUCACCGACCUCCAGGGCGUCUCCGUCAAGGUGCUCUUCUUCUGGCUCAACAUCGUCGAGGUCAUCCGGAACGGCGACAACCUCGAGUUCUCCGUCGGCAUCGCCUCUGCCGACUUCGGGAUCCAGAACUUUCUCGAGUGCCCCACCUGCGGCUGCGGGUUCGACUGCAACGACCUGCCGCUGAUGCUGCGAGAGAUAGGGGCCGGGACCGCGAAGCUGCACCUGCGAGGUGCGUUCUAGAACCCCGCCCGCAUCCUUUGAUUGUGACUUGUACGAGUCCAGCUCUUGGAUACUAUUGCUGUUGAUGUAAGCUGUCAAACUUAGAUGGGUUACUAGUGCUUAUGCCUUAGAUGGGUUAAUAAAGGAAGUGUAAGGAAAGUUCCCAACUUUUUAGAUGGGAUAGCAAGUUCAGAACUCGAUUUCAUGUUAUGUUUAAUGUUUCAGACAGUUUAGAGAGAGCUCAGAGAAGCAAAUUAAGAUAUAUCAAAGUUUCUUA